GCGCCGAGCGCCCCAUAUCCGGGUUCCCGCCGCCGCUGCAGCCGCCGGCGCUCCUCGCUCAUUCAGCUUUGCCGGGAGUGGCGUGAUUCCCGUCCAAGAUGGCGGCCGUGGGGCGAGUCGGCUCCUUCGGGUCCUCUCCGCCGGGCUUAGCCUCGACUUACGCGGGCGGCCCUUUGGCCAACGAGCUCGCAUCGGGCAACGGCGGCGCCCCCGCGGGCGACGACGAGGACGGGCAGAACCUCUGGUCCUGCAUCCUCAGCGAGGUGUCCACCCGCUCGCGCUCCAAGCUGCCCGCGGGGAAGAACGUGCUGCUGCUGGGUGAAGAUGGAGCUGGAAAAACAAGCUUAAUAAGAAAAAUUCAGGGAAUAGAGGAGUACAAGAAAGGAAGAGGAUUGGAAUACUUGUACUUAAAUGUUCAUGAUGAAGACAGGGAUGAUCAAACAAGAUGUAAUGUAUGGAUCCUAGAUGGAGACCUGUAUCACAAAGGCCUCCUUAAGUUUUCACUGGAUGCCAUUUCUCUGAAGGACACUCUGGUUAUGCUGGUUGUUGACAUGUCAAAGCCUUGGACUGCUUUGGAUUCUUUACAGAAAUGGGCAAGUGUUGUUAGAGAACAUAUUGACAAAUUGAAAAUCCCUCCUGAAGAAAUGAAGGAAAUGGAACAAAAGUUGAUUAGAGACUUCCAAGAAUAUGUAGAACCGGGAGAAGAUUUCCCAGCUUCUCCUCAAAGAAGAAAUACAGUGUCUCAGGAAGACAAAGAGGACAGUGUGGUUUUACCUUUGGGUGCGGAUACACUUACACAUAACUUGGGCAUUCCAGUACUAGUAGUUUGCACAAAGUGUGAUGCGAUUAGUGUUUUGGAGAAAGAACAUGACUACAGAGAUGAACAUUUUGAUUUUAUUCAGUCACAUAUCCGCAAGUUUUGUUUACAGUAUGGUGCAGCACUUAUUUACACAUCAGUAAAAGAGAACAAAAAUAUAGAUUUGGUAUAUAAAUACAUCGUUCAAAAACUAUAUGGAUUUCCCUAUAAAAUUCCUGCUGUUGUUGUAGAAAAAGAUGCAGUAUUUAUUCCAGCAGGGUGGGAUAAUGAUAAGAAAAUAGGAAUAUUACAUGAAAAUUUUCAAUCAUUAAAAGCAGACGAUAAUUUUGAAGACAUUAUAACUAAGCCACCUGUCCGAAAGUUUGUACAUGAGAAGGAAAUUGUGGCAGAAGAUGACCAAGUGUUUCUUAUGAAGCUACAGACCCUUUUAUCUAAGCAACCACCAACUGCAGCUGGAAGGCCUGUGGAUGCCUCACCAAGAGUCCCAGGAGGUUCCCCUCGUACACCAAACAGAUCUGUGUCAUCCAAUGUUGCCAGUGUCUCACCCAUCCCUGCUGGGUCAAAAAAAAUUGAUCCAAACAUGAAAGCUGGAGCUACAAGUGAAGGUGUCCUGGCAAAUUUCUUCAAUAGUUUGCUGAGUAAAAAGACUGGCUCUCCAGGAGGCCCUGGUGUUGGUAGUGGCAGCCCUGGAGCUGGCGCUGCAAGUGGAAGCAGUGGUUUACCACCGUCUGCCAAAAAGUCAGGCCAGAAGCCUGUCCUAUCAGAUGUUCAUGCAGAACUAGACAGAAUUGCACGAAAACCAGUUACAGUUUCUCCUACCACACCUACAUCUCCUACGGAAGGAGAAGCUUCUUGAAGAUACCAAAUAAAGCCAUUUAUUCAGUUUUCUGGGAUAAUGUAAACUUGCCUCUGCUUUUUCCUUCAAAAGUGGAAUAGGGAGCUGGAGUGCUUUUUUCAGAUGGACUAAAUUUAUGUCUUGUGUGUGUGGUUGCCCAUUUUUAUAAAAGAGAGCAAUACAGAAGAAAAUUCUACACCAUGUAGGGUUGCUAUUUGCAUUGCCACUUUGCAUAAGGAGUAAUUUUGGAUUUUGAAAAUCACGUAAUUUAUAGAUCUGAAAUGCAUCCAUGUAAUCAUAUUCUAAAGGCAAUUUAAAACAUGUUGAAAGGUUUGGGGAAGGGCAGACAAUAAUGUGCUUUGGGCAUUUGAUUGACUUGAAGUCCAGACUUAUUUAAGAUUAUACAAUCAUUUAAAAAAUCGCAUGUUAGUUUUGCUGGAAAAGGAAAAAAAUGAUCGUCCGAUUUUCCAUACCAACAUAAAUAUACCACCGUACAUUGAAUAUGCUGAGAACACUGUCAGAUAGUAUUUGAUAUACUAGUCAGCUGUCUCAAUCCAUGAUCCCAUUGUCAUCAAAAUAUGAUUUUGAAUAUUGACCAAGAUUUGUUUCUUUAAAUGAGAAGAAAGCACACUGCCUAAAUGUGUAAAAGAAAAAUGCAGAGGUUAUUAAAAUGUAAAAAGGUACCAGUCUUUGGAUUUGUCUAUAUAUAUAUAUAUCUAUGUCUAUAUAUAUAUAUAUGGCUCUGCCUUAAUAUACCCCUUUUUUGUUCGUGACUUUCAACUGUAAUCAGUUAAUAAAGUAUUUAUUCUCUGCAUUCAGGUUCAAA